UUGUGAACUGAUAAUGCAAUCGUCACUUGUUUAUGAAUCAAUUUUCAUCGUGACGCAACAAAAUAACACUCUGAACUACUUCAAGUUAUGAAUCGCCAUUAGUUUAUUAUGUAUAGUUUAGUUCGUCGCGGCCGUGCGCGCGUUCACAUGCGUCUGUAUGCAUUCCAAAUUCGAAAAAGCAUGUGUUCUUAUGUUUUUUAAAUUUAUUUUUUUAGUGAUGUGACUAGUGAUAGUUUUAAAUUAAAAUCGAAUCGUGGUGGAUCACAAUGGUGACUCAGUCGAAUAAGCGCCCUUCGCAUAAACUUGGGCAUGUUGAAAAGGGGAUAAAAAUGAACGACUGCUUCCUGGAGAUAGCAUACGAAGCCGAAUUGAGCACACAGGAGGAUCCGGAAAUGCUGGAACUCGCUGAACAGGAGUGCAACGAGAACCCCGCUACCAGGGAUGCAGCGAUUCAGGAACUCAGGCAGAUGCUAUAUGAGCGUGGAGAGUGCAUCCCACUCCGCACAGACGACGCUUACCUGCUGCGCUUCCUUAGGGCGAGGGGUUUUGUUGUGAAGAGAGCUCACAGACUGAUGGUGCGCUACUACCAGUUCCGAGAGCAGUAUCCUCACUUGUACAAAGAUGUGGACAUCUGGGAGCUCCUCAAAGUCAGGGACGCGUACGAAGGCACCCUCUACGACAGGCCUGAUAUUGGAAGACUUUCUAUUUUCAAAUUCGGCAGUUGGGACCCCAACGAGUUUCCAGUGGAGGAUCUGGUGAAGGCCGGUAUGCUCAUGACGGAGAUAGGGCUGCGGCAGCCCAAGGCCCAGAUUCUGGGAGGUACCGUGAUCGUGGACCUGGAGGGCGUGUCGCUGCGGCACAUCGCUACCUUGUCGCCUACAGUGGCCUAUCAGAUUGUGUCACUAUUGGGGGGAACUACACCAGCCAGAGUCAAAAGCUGCCACUUCAUCAACUACUCCUGGACAUUGAACACCUUCUUCUAUCUCUUCAAGCGGUUCAUCCCGCGAACCAGCUUGGGCAAGAUCCAUUUCCACGGCUACGACCUGAACUCCCUCCACAAACACAUUGACCCGGCGUGCCUUCCUCCCAAAUACGGAGGAACCUGUAAGUACCACGGACAUUUUGGUACAUGGUUGUCUAAAAUAAAAAAGUAUAGAGAUAAAUCAUUUGAUGAAGAUAUGAAACUGUUAGGAUAUGUUGUUAAGGAAUAAAAAAUAUGUAAAAUAUAUGAGAAAUUCCUAGGUUCGAAUAGGGUAGAUGACAAGGUCAGAAUAUUGUAAAACAUAUAAUAUAUGCUCUAGGUAAAAUAGAUUUAUUAAAGAUCAUUGUGAUAUUUCAUAGACUGUAAUAAUUAUAAUGCCACUGCAUACAAAGAUUUAAACUUGGUUGGGGAGUCCAUUUAAAAAAAUACAUAAUAAAAUUAUAUAAAUAAACUCAACCAUCAUAAAAAACUUAAAUUUUCGAGUAAGUAAUCACCACAAAUGCAAUAAUUACGGUAACUGUCGAACAAACUCAAUCGUAGUAUCAUUUCGUAUAGAGCGUUUGGACGAAUACAAAAAUGUGUGUUAUUUUAUUUUUGUCACAUCUAUGAAAGCAUUGUCAUUAUCACAUUAAUUUAUUUACUGGUGUUUCUAAUAAUAUAAGGGCCUUAAAAUAGUCACUAAAAUUAGUCGUCUACCCUAUUGUAAGUGAUAAAAUGAAGGCUGAUUGGCAAUCGCGACUAACUACUAGGUAAUUUGUGGUUUCGCUACUAUUAUUUCUAUUGUCGACAUUUUAAUGAUGGAUAACAUAUCGAUAGCUUAUUAUAGACCUAUUAAAGAUAGUUUUAAAGAUAUAAGCAUGCGUAGGGAUAGACAGACAGCGAGAAGCGACUUUUUUAUAUUAUGUGAUCUUUAUUCAGGUCGGUCAAACAUAGGUUGUUUGACCGACACAACUCGUUCUUACCCUAAUGGCAAAGUUCUUAUUUUUUUAGUAACUAAUUAAAAAUGUCUUUCAUAAGGGUCGAAAGAUUAACUCCUCGAAUUGUGAAGAAAUAUAUUUUGUAGCAACAAUGUUAUUACAUAUCUAAAAGUGUGCGUCACACCAUCCACUUUGGCGUUAACAUUAACGUGCGCAGAAAAACGCGAAUCACGCCAUUUUGUCUAAACGUCAGCGGCGCGCCGUUUAAAGUCAACGUUAAAUUUGACGGUGCAACUUACCCUUAAAAAGACCAAUUUUAUAAGCUUUAGGCGAGGCUAAGAACUUGUGUCUGAUUGUAAAUUUAAUAUUACAGCGUUUCUGAUAAAUAACAUGACAAAUUACGAGUACAAAACUGCUUAUUUGUAAAACAAUUUUAUAUAUUUUUACGUGACAGAUGUGGUCGUUAGAUAUUAUCAUAUUUGUGAUAUAAAUAUAGGAUAGUACAAAUGACAAUUUGUUACAGCAUUUUUAUAAAACAAUAAUUAAAACUAUUUGUGCCUAUGUCGACUUUGUACAUGAAAUAAAUAACAAUAAUAUUGUAUAGAGAGUUCACAGCUUGGAUUUUUUUACAAAUGGUUUAUAAGAACUAAUAACAUCUAGUUAUGAUAUUUUUAUGUUUAAUAAUAACGCUAUUUAUUUGUAUGUACCUAUUGAAAUAUUUUUAAGAGAUUAAGUAGUCUUUAGACUAAUUAAGAAAUAUGUGAUAUUGUUGUGAUAAUUAUGUCGUUUGAAAUGAUUCCUUGUGAAAAAAAGUUCUACGUAGUAUAGCAUUUUUAACAAUAGGCAGUGGCGGAUUUGCCCUAAGGCCCAGUAGGCCCGGGCCUAGGGCGGCCAGAUAUUAGGGGCUACCAAUCGAAGCAUAAAAUACACGUAAAAACAGAAGUCGGACAAUAGGCUUCUUGAUGCGGGUAAUGAGAAUGGUAGAAAAAGCAAUCUCGUAUUUAUGUAUGAAGAAUAACAGCUAAUAUGAGAUUGCUUUUUCUUUGGUCUAAACCAGACACAACAUGAUUAAUGUUAGAAAUAAACAAAUAUAGACAUCCGUUUGUGUUAUUGCAGCGACGGCAUUACUAUACUUUUGAAAAUAUUUUCAAUAAAAGUUGGCAAAAAAUGUAAUAUUCAUACAUUCGUACCUAAGACCUGAGUAAUAGGAGCUGGCUGCAAGAAAGGGGCGGCUGGUACUCCAUGGCCAAAGGCGACCAAGAAUGCAAAUCCGCCACUGACGACAGGUACUAUAUAAUUAAUAACUUGUAACCAUUGCUAAACAUUUAUAUUUAGGAUAGACACAAAAAUAGACAUAUAUAUUUCUAACUCUAUAAUUUUUUAUAAAACUAUUUGUCUAUGUUUUUCAGUUUUUAUAUUUUUUGCAUAUGCAAUGUCAGCAUAAGUUAAAAGUUAAAUUUAAAAAACUAGCUACAUUUACCUCGGCCUCGCCUUGCACAGACCUUCGCCUUCUUCGCCACAGAACAAUUGUGAUAAGACAUAGUUAAUGUCUCGAUUAGUCAACAAUAAAACGGGAUUAUAGUU